GAUGAACAUCGUGGUGGAGUUCUUCGUGGUCACUUUCAAAGUGCUCUGGGCGUUCGUGCUGGCCGCGGCGCGCUGGCUGGUGCGGCCCAAGGAGAAGAGCGUGGCCGGCCAGGUGUGUCUCAUCACCGGCGCGGGCAGCGGCCUGGGCCGCCUCUUCGCCCUGGAGUUCGCCCGGCGCCGGGCGCUGCUGGUGCUCUGGGACAUCAACACCCAGAGCAACGAGGAGACGGCCGGCAUGGUGCGCCACAUCUACCGCGACCUGGAGGCGGCCGACGCCGCGGCGCUGCAAGCUGGGAACGGUGAGGAAGAAAUUCUGCCCCACUGUAACUUGCAGGUUUUUACCUACACCUGUGAUGUGGGAAAGAGGGAGAAUGUCUACCUGACAGCUGAAAGGGUUCGGAAGGAGGUUGGCGAGGUCUCGGUCCUGGUCAAUAAUGCCGGUGUGGUCUCUGGGCAUCACCUUCUGGAAUGUCCUGAUGAACUCAUUGAGAGAACCAUGAUGGUCAAUUGCCAUGCACACUUCUGGACCACUAAGGCAUUUCUUCCUACAAUGUUGGAGAUUAAUCAUGGUCAUAUUGUGACAGUUGCAAGUUCCUUGGGAUUAUUCAGUACUGCUGGAGUUGAGGAUUACUGUGCCAGUAAAUUUGGAGUUGUGGGUUUUCAUGAAUCCCUAAGUCAUGAGUUAAAGGCUGCUGAAAAGGAUGGGAUUAAAACAACAUUGGUUUGCCCUUACCUUGUAGACACAGGCAUGUUCAGAGGCUGCCGAAUCAGGAAAGAAAUUGAGCCUUUUCUGCCCCCUCUGAAGCCUGAUUACUGCGUGAAGCAGGCCAUGAAGGCCAUCCUCACUGACCAGCCCAUGAUCUGCACCCCCCGCCUCAUGUACAUCGUGACUUUCAUGAAAAGCAUCCUUCCCUUUGAAGCAGUGGUGUGCAUGUACCGGUUCCUAGGAGCAGACAAGUGUAUGUACCCCUUUAUUGCUCAAAGGAAACAAGCCACAAAUAACAAUGAAGCAAAAAAUGGAAUCUAAGAAUCUUUUUUGGUAUGGAAUACCAUUUCUAUCAGAAGAUGAUCACGAUGUUUCAGUCCAAAUCCACUGUAGCAUCACUCACAGUUCUCUGGAUUCUAAAUUCACGUUGACGUGUUUCUAAAAUCGACUUUGUAAAAAAAAAAAAUGAUAAUAAUAAUAAUAAAACAAAUGAAGUGUUAAUGAACUGAGUAGAAUACUUGGAAAAUGUAAUAAGCAAAAGUGAGUUUAGGUUGUUGCCAAUGGAGUUCUCUUAGGCAGAACCCUAAAAUCAACGUUUUAGACGAGCACUGUGUGAUAUCUCCAGGCUCCCAUUAUUUUUUUUUUAGUGAGCAGGAAAUCUAGAGAUUAGAACAACAGCAUGUUUCACACAUGUGGUUUUUCUUAAUUCUCAUAGAGUUUAUUCUUGAAAUUAAACUAGCCAACUGACACCCUUGCAACUUCAAGGACUGAUAGUGGUGUAUUUUCUCAUAUUUUCUAAGUUAGCUUUGCAAAGCCUCUGUGGCUUUUUCAUGGUGUUUAUAUGUACUGUUCUUUAAACAAACAAAAAAAAGUUUUGAGAUCUCCUUUAAUUUGAAGUAAGUGAUUUUUUUAUUGUUACAGUAAAGGUGAGCAGGUCUCUUUCUUUUAAAGUCAUACCAACUAUUGUUGGCUGAACUUUCAACUUUAUCUCUGAAAUUUUUUUUUUUUUUUAAUCAGAGCAAUGCUGAGUUCUGGUUUAUGGUGGUGCUGGGGAUUGAACCUGGGACCUUUGAUGCCUCAGGCAUGAAAGUCUUUUUGCAUAACCACUAUGCUAGCUCCCAGCCCUGAAAUAUUUUUAUCUAUUAUGCGAGAGACCUAUUUAUCCCCCCCAAAAAUUGUACAUUUUCUACCUAUGAAUUUUGCUGCAUACAGAAAGUGCCCUUUCCUCAGGAAGCUGCUGUGUUUUGUUUCUUUGGAUGAGCCUUGUUUUGAAUACAUAGCAGCUAUGCAAAGAAACCGUUUUUUAAAAUAAGAACUUCUGCAUUUAAAAACAAAAAGUCUCCUUUUUUUUUUUUUGUGCCAACUGAUUAGUGAGAGAAAAAAAUCUUAUUCAGUGGAGUACUUAUGGAAGGGUGUGAAGAUUCUUUUAGAAAUUUCGUUCACAUUGUAGAACAGCAAAUGACAUUUUUACAGUAUUUUUUGUAAAGCAAACUAUUUUGUGCCUUGAAUUUGGUAAAUGUGUAUUAGUGAAAUGUUGUAAAAGUGAACUUCUACCUCUGUGUCUAAAUGUAUACCAUCUACUUGUAAAUUACUAUAAACUAUUAUGUGAUUGCCUUUUUUUUUUGAAUGUCUUGGGCUAUUAAAAUAAGCCAUCUUUUACUAAUUAAUUGGAAAGUUUUAUAAAGGACUGAUUAAAUUUAAAGAAUUAACUUACA